AUGUUUGAAGAAAUCAAGAUAAUUGAUGUUUCAGUUUUGUUUCCUGAAUCUAAAAUUUAUUCAGAUAAUAAAGAAGAAAAUGAAAUAUUAACUGAAUUUGAGAUACAAAAAAAACGUUUAAUGUGUACUGAAAAUUGUUCACGUGAAUUAGGCUUAAGAAUAGCACAAGGUGUCAGGUUAAAUUUAAAAGAUAUCUACAAGGAUUCAAAAAAGUUUAACAACACACAAAAAAAGAUAAAAAAAUUUAUUAGAGAGGAAGUUGAACCUUUAAUAAGAAAGUUAUCAAAUGAAGAAAUUAUUACUGAUAUAGAUGAUCCAAGAUUUAAUUUCUAUCCAGAAUUUUCUGAUGAAGAAGAUGAAAAUAAAGAAGAAUUUAAAUUAAUAGUUGAUAAUAGUAUAAUUAAAAAAAAAUGGAAUAAUUAUGAACUUAUUGAAAUUAUUGAUAUAAAAGAGGGUCAAACAGGUCUAACUUUUGAGAAAAUAUUUAAUAAAAGUAGAAUAGGAGCAAAUGUUACACAAAUUUUAAUUGAAGAUCCUUAUCUUCAUUCAAAAAAACAAAACUUUGUCAUGUUAAGAUCAGAACAAAAACAGCCACAGGAAAAUCAAUUAUAUCUGAUAUAUAAAUGUAAAAAAAAGAAUAUUGACUUUGAAUAUGAAUUGGAACCUCAUAUGCAUGAUAGACUUAUUUUAUUUAAUUCUGGAGUAAUGGCUACACCUGGAAGAGGACUUUCUAUUUAUCAUCACAUAAAUUAUUACACAAAAAAUAUAAUAUGGGACAAUUUACCGUGCAAAGGAUGUAGAAUUCAAAUAUUUCGUUUAAAAGGUUUUGACGUUGUAAAGGAUAAUAUAUAUAAUAUUUACAUUUAA